CCUUUCCCUUACUUCCAGCUAUAAUGAGCUCUCCCACACACGACAAGACGUUGAUCAUAGCCAUACCAACCGCGAUCAGUAUUUUGCUAAUCGCAGCAAUCUUGUCAAUAUACAAAAUCUGGACCAUGUUACCAGCCACCAAACUCGGAAUUUCCAGCGGCAAAACGCCAGGCAAUGAUAACAGCAAUCGUACAUGGUAUGGUCGAAAGCAGCGCGAUGAAUCCACGCUGCCCGUUAGGGAGAAAUCAUUCCGAGAACAGCAUCUAAACGACCUUCGCGCUUGGAAACAGUCUCAUACUGCUAAACGUCGAGCUGAGAUGGCAGGUGAUGCUCAAUUGACUGUACCCGCGCCUGUGCAUGAUGCUCAUCAUGGGGAGACUGCGCAGCGGGCGGAACGCGAUUUGGAACGUGGACAUGGUCUUGUUGUAGAGGGCGGCGGGAGGGGAGAGACUGGGGGCUUGAAACCUCCGCCUGCGUCGCACACUGGAGGGGGGAGUACACGUUGA